UAGACAGCGCACUUCACUCCGUCAAUAACGCCUAGGUUUUUAGCUACUCUAGCGCUACUCUGGAGAGAUUUGGAACUAUUAUUUAUAGCUGACAGCUGGACACUUUUGCAACAAUUCUGCCUAAGGAGUUUCUGUUCCUUGCCUUUACCUUCCUCUUUAAGUAUUGGGGAAAGGUUGAAUUCGAUUCGGCAAAUGUUUGACACAGUGCAGGCUCGAUGCAGUGUAUGAUAAGUCACUCUUUAAUAUAUGUACUUAGGAAAUGGGACGAAGUCACGUGGCAAAAGUAGUCCUAGUUUUCCUCUCUGGACAUUAACAUUCGUCCACAGUCGUCUUAAUAGCUAAAUAUAAUUUCCAAGUUUGUACUAUGUCCGGACAUGCUAGCAGACUCACUUCCGUUUCAAUUUUAUUCCCUACAUAGCCCAAGAAAUUCAUACCAAAUGCAAGUGCCGAGUUACGAUUGUGAUCAAGUUAUGUUGCUGGCUCUUAUACAACUGGUGCUGCCCGAACAAACGGCGGCACCGAUGACACCCGACCCCACGCCCACAGCCGAGCCGGCCACGCUAGCCCCGGCGGCCGAGCCCCGGGCCGAUGAGGCAGUGGACGAGCCCCCUGAGGGAUACUACGCGUUCGUCGAGUCGCCUAACGCCACUCCACCCAGGGUGCGCCCACCACCGUAUCGGCAGGUGUCAGCAGAGUGCCCCGAAGUGAGCGUGACGAAGCCCCACGUGUCCGCGCACAACCUCUGCGGCGACCUCAACCGCGGCAUCAUCCCGCGCAACCCCAUGGGGCAGAACCCUAACGGAGAACCCUACCCAUUUGAGCUGCUGCGAAACCAAACACUUCGAUUCCUGUCGCGCACGCUACCUGUUCUCCGCGCCGAUGACACGCUGCCGCGAGUAGCGCACGUGCCGCACCCCGGGCCGGCGCCCGCGCACUACGAGACCAACAGCCUAGAAGAUCGCGUGAAGCGGUCAAUGCCGGCCGUGGACGAGGUGCCGUCGAGCGAGCUGCAGGCGGAGCACCGCGAGGACGCGCGCGAGAGCCGCAAGUUCUGCGACGGCGGCGGCGUGUUCUGCAUGCUGUACAGAGCCAUAAAUGGUGAAAGCAGCUCAGCGGGCGUGGAGCGGCGCGAGGAUCCCGGCACGGCGCCACACGCACACGCGCCCGCUUCUACGGCGCCAAAAUAUGAGGGCCCACCUACGCCAUGCCCAGCACGUGUGGAGUACGCCACGCCGGUGUUCGCCCGCAACUACCAAGGCGUCUGGCGCUACGUUGUGCAGAUACCUUACGAAGGCUACUUCACGCAAACCGUUGAGGUUACCAGGUGUAUGCAGUCGCGGUGCCACUACUUGGACGGCGGUUGCUUGUCGUCGCCGCGCUGGGUGUCGCUGUUAGUGGGUGAACUGCACUAUCCGACGCCGCAGCCGACCUCCGCCCGCCCUUACACCGACCAACAGUACCAGGAAUACCAGCAGUACCUGCAGAAACGCGCCGGCCCCGCUCCCGACGCGGGUGCGACCGCGGGCGCGGCGUCCGGCGACAAGCCGCCGCACUGCGACGGCCACGACGAGAUGGGCUGCUUCCAGGUGCGGCUCUACUACGACUGGUUCCUGGUGCCCGGCUCGUGCAAGUGCUGGAGGCCCGACUACUUCGCGCGCUACGUGCGCCGCCGCCACUCCGGCGAGCUCUAACUUCAUCGCUCCUUUCCAACGGUGUAAACGCCAACGGCUAUACACAGCGCUAAAUAUUGAAAUCUACACGGCUGAUGUUCAGUCGCCAUCAACAAUAAGCAGGCGUAUGGUAGACGUGACAACGAUAGAUGGAGCGAAUGUCACUGUUGACAUCGCUCGAUAAAGCGUCUACCAUACCUCCGUUGUAACAGGGUGUUAAAAAAAGCUUUAUACCUUAACCUAUUAGGAUGGUCCUUAUUUCGUCGAGGUUAUAUUCUUCUACGGGGCACCAAUGUCUUUUGUUACAGAAAUUUAAAUACAAUUUAGGGGUCACUACCACACUUUGUAAAUUUGGACCCUCCAUACAAAAUGUAUUAUUUAUUUAUUUUUCGAUUUUUCGUUGUCAGAUUAUGGGUCAGGGUGUAAUAAUGUCCAACUUAACAUAAAAUAACGCCGGUUUUUUUAAAUAAUUUUUAUAAUAUUUUAGGGGUUCUAAGUACCUAUUUAUUUCGAGGUACGUUCGUAUAUUUUCCGUUCCUAUAAACCCAAUAAAAUUACAAAAAAUACAAAAAGAAUGCAAUGUAAUUUUAUGUUAAAUUAGACAUUAAUACACUUUGAAUCCAC